AUGCCCUUCAUGAUGGUGCUCGCUACCAUUAUCAUCUCCGGUGCUGUCCUGCUACUUGGAGGACCUCGCCUUUUCUGUCCUCAUCUACUGCCUAUAUGGGAGUCUGAAAGCCCCGCUAGGCUCAACUUCUCACCGAAUCAACUGUCUGGCUUCGACAUUUUGGUUGUUUUGAGCAAGCUUCUCUCUAGGUCUAUCAGCCAUUCGGCUUUCGGACCAUGGAUCAAACUCAGUUUCAGAGAAGUUCCUACCGACCAGCAAAUUUCCUUGACUAUGCCUCUUCAAACCAGCCAGGCGGACCUGGAUGCUUACAUAGCCGCUGAUGGAAGAAGCGCUCUUGUUGGUGUAUCAUGGCCUGGCCCUCAGCAGCUGCUGUUCCUUUCUGCAUUGACUGAACCAGCCAUGUUGCUAUUGCUGGCUCGCAAUAACUGCAAAGUUCGUCCACUUGGCGCAGUCAAUGUUCGAAAUCGGAUUGAGCUAUUACGGCCUGACCUAUGCACAAUGCCACUCCUUAUGCCCUUCGUCGGAGCUACCUUGACUACUUCUUGUUCCCAAAAGUGCGGUCUGGUCAGACGAGGGUUCGAAUAUGACCUUGUAGUGAGUCUACAGAUUCCCAGUGAGGCUUCGGGGCAGCAAGUCACCGUGUUCAGACAAAUCUUUACCAUCCUACAGUUUUCGAAGCAUGAGAUCCAUGCCAGUCACCAGGCACGACCAUCAGACGCCGACCCCUCGACGAAAUGGAUGGAGUCUGUACCGUUCAGUUUUAAAGCCGACGACCCCUCGCUAUGGGCAAAGGUUUGCAAAGACUACAAUCCCAUUCACAUCUCUGCAAUUGCGGCAAGAAUGCUGGGAUUGCCCGGCAUCAUUGCACAUGGAAACCAUGUCGCGGUGAAAGCUUUCGCCUCGCUGGAGCAAAGUACCUUACCUACGGGCUACGCCGAGUUCUGCCGCAAAGAAAAUCCGCGUUGGAUGGAGAUUGCCUUCAUACGGCCCAUAAAAGUGCCUACGGUUUUGAACGCGAGAGUUUCAAUGAGACCAUCCAACUCGGAGGACUCUUCAAACGAGUACAUGGCCUUUGAGAUACUGGAAAAAGACAAGGUGUGCAUUCGAGGCAGAUUUGGGUACUCUUAA